AUGGAAAGCUUAGAAAUUCCUGUGAAAGAAGUUCAUAUCAAAAUUGAUAACUCAAUAUCCAGCAGCAAAGAGAGAGAUACUAACCUCGGUCAUGCAAAACCCAUUGUUCUGAUGUCUGUUUUGAGUAGUAUCCAUGCAGGCUAUUUCAGAAUAAGCCUCUCUCUCUGCAGCCAAGCUCUGCUGUGGAAGAUAAUGAUCGCGCCUGAUUCACCAAGCAUGUCUCAUUUGCGUAGCAACCUCCCAUAUAUGGCGUUCCAUCUCCUCUGGUACCUAGCACUUGCGACACAAGUUUCACUCUGUUUUCUAUAUGCUUUGAAGUGUGUUUUCUUCUUUGACAUGGUGAAGGAAGAGUUCUUGCACUAUAUUGGAGUGAACUAUCUUUACGCUCCAUCCAUUUCAUGCCUUCUCUUGCUUCAGUCAGCUCCUAUGAUGGAACCAGACAGCAUUUUGUAUCAGACACUUUUCUGGGUGUUUGGCAUUCCAGUCUUGUCCCUCAACACAAAGCUUUAUGGCCAGUGGUUCACAACAGAGAAGAGGUUCUUGUCGAUCAUGGCAAACCCGGCUAGCCAAGUAUCAGUAAUCGCAAACCUAGUGGCUGCACGAGGAGCAGCUGAGAUGGGUUGGAGAGAGUGUGCUCUAUGCUUGUUUUCCCUCGGGAUGGUUCACUAUUUGGUUAUCUUUGUCACGCUUUAUCAACGCCUACCAGGUGGAAACAACUUCCCAACCACGCUAAGGCCGGUUUUCUUCUUGUUCUUUGCCGCACCAGCCACGGCAAGUCUGGCUUGGAACUCUAUUUGCGGAAACUUUGAUACUCUAGCGAAGAUGUUGUUCUUUCUUUCGCUGUUCAUCUUCAUUUCCUUGGUGUGUAGGCCAACUCUUUUCAAGAAGUCAAUGAAAAGAUUCAAUGUGGCAUGGUGGGCUUACUCGUUCCCACUCACCUUUCUGGCUUUAGACUCGGUUCAGUAUGCGCAAGAGGUGAAAGAUCAGGUUGCUUCUGGAUUGAUGCUUAUCUUCUCAUCCAUCUCAGUUUUGAUCUUCCUUGGUGUGAUGUUACUGACAGCAGCAAACAGUAGUUGUCUGAUCAGACGUGAUCCUGUCCUUGGUUUUGCUACUGCUCCAAAAGACAAGCAAAAAUCAUCGCCGCUCAAUGCGACUUAGUAACCAAAGCUAGUCUAAAAACAUGAAGUUUGUUACAAUUUUCAGGGAUGCAUCUGAUCAUUUUUUACUUAGCUGAAGUUUAGUCACCGAAAUCAGACGUGU